GGAGCCCGCGGACAGCAUGGCGGCGUCCGAGGAGCGCGAUUCACCGGCUGAGGUCCCCCAGAUGGCGGUGGAGGAGGCGGAAACGAAAACAUUUAAAGACCUGGGUGUGACAGAUGUGUUGUGUGAAGCUUGUGACCAGCUGGGAUGGACAAAGCCAACAAAGAUCCAGAUUGAAGCUAUUCCUUUGGCCUUGCAAGGUCGUGAUAUUAUUGGGCUGGCGGAAACCGGCUCUGGGAAGACAGGGGCCUUUGCUCUGCCCAUUCUGAAUGUGCUGCUGGAGACGCCCCAGCGUUUGUUUGCCUUAGUUCUCACCCCCACUCGGGAGCUAGCCUUUCAGAUCUCAGAGCAGUUUGAAGCCCUGGGGUCUUCUAUUGGGGUGCAAUGUGCUGUGAUUGUAGGUGGAAUUGAUUCAAUGUCUCAAUCUCUGGCCCUGGCCAAAAAGCCACAUAUAGUAAUAGCAACUCCCGGUCGACUGAUUGACCACUUGGAAAAUACCAAAGGUUUCAACUUAAGAGCCCUCAAGUACUUGGUCAUGGAUGAAGCAGACCGAAUAUUGAAUAUGGAUUUUGAGACAGAGGUGAGCUCAACAUCUUUCCUCUUCCUAGAGCAUCUCAAAAUCUGUUCAAAAUCUG